AUGUUUAAUUAUGUAUUUAACCAACAACAGGGACUUUUAACGCGUUCAAAGACUGCUCCCUAUGACCGGGUUGUCUGUUUCUUUUGUGAUGGAGAGGCAAAAUAUCAGCAACCACUACACAUGGUGUCUACAAAGUCUGCCGGUAGUUCUUUAGAAGCUGCGGUUAAGACGUCUGGUGAUCCAAAGCUUCUAGUUAAACUCUCCACUGCACUGGAUGGUCAAGACGCUCAUGCAAUUGACGUCAAAUACCACAAGAACUGCUGGGCAAAGAACGUCACAGGAGUUCUUCGCAAGUCGUCUAUCACAGAGGGUCAUGGAGAGGAAACCAGUGAGAUAGCAGCUAAGAUCGAGUUUUUAACAAUGACAGAAACUGCUCUGAAUAGUGGAGAGAUUAUGAAUAUGGCUCAACUACAGGACGCCUUUGAAUGUAUUUGUCGUGGAAACAAUGUGCAAUCGAAAUCUUGGAACCGAAAGUCAAUCAAGGAGCUUAUUCAAAGGGAAGUAGAAGGAGUAGAGUUCCACAAGCCAAAACGAGUAAAUGAGUCUGAAAGAAUCAGUGUAAAGAGGUGCAGAGAUAGUGCUAUUCAUUUAUCAGAGUCCUUGAACGAAACCACUGCAUGCGAAAUGAAAACCCUCUAUGAUGCUGCGUUAAUACUGAGAAAGGCAAUUAAUAAGAGUGAAAGGUGGAUUUUCGCUGGCUCUCUUGAUACUUUAUCAAAUAAACAUUGUCCUGAGGAACUCCACUGUUUCUUCAGAUGGAUUAUUCAAGGCCCAAACAACACGCUCUCUGAUGAAGAGAAAUGCAACGAAGUGCGUAAACGUGCUAUGCAUCUAGCCCAGAGUACAAUAUCUAUGUGUUUGACUGAACGGCAAUUAAAAAACAGGAAGUCCCAAGCAAUCAACACUACUCGUGAAAUGCCUCAGCAGCUUGCAGUUAGUCUUGCUAUCCAUCAGGCAAUCAGAAGCAAGGAAAUUGUCAACCUCCUGCAUGGCUUCGGAAUGGCCGUCGAAUACAAUCGUCUAUUACGAGUAGAGUCUCAAAUCGAGAAAACUGUCCUUCGACGGAUGGAAAAGGAAGGCGGAAUGUACCUCCCACCUGAUAUUGUGAAAGGAAGGCAUGUCUUCUUCGCAAUUGAUAAUGUCGAUUUCGCUGAGGACACUCCCGACGGGAAACGUACUCUGCACGGAACAGCUAUGGCAAUAUACCAAACUACUGACCUAGAUGACGAGCAGCCAGUAUUAAGGUAAAUUAAGUACUAUUUUUGCGUAAUAGUGGCGAAUUCAAGUAAAGAUAUGUUUGCUACAACAUGAAAAUAACUCCUUCAUUUUCUCUUUUAGGUUAGAAGAAUCAACUAAUUGCUCCCGCACAGUAAGAGAAUUGCCCGAUUCUUUUACAGCACUUCAGGAAUGUCCAGCGCCUUCUCCGAAACCAAUUGUCCCUUUGCAUCCUAGAUUUGGUCUUAUGGAAGAGCACGAGAUACCUAUAAUCGUCAGUCGCGAUGAAUUUGCCUGGCUUUUCUCACGUACCUUUAAUGCAGGCCGAAUCGAAAAAGACCAAGCUCGUGUUCCUGUGUGGUCUGGUUAUAAUUCAUUAGUAAACAAAGCACUGCCUGUUACACGCGUUGGUGCACCCCCUUUGGUGGCACAUCCUCCGCAUGAAUGGAACACUUUAUUGACGGUUCUUAUGCAGGCUCAAAAUAUCUCUACCAUAGUUGUUGGCUCUGAAAGGAAGACUGUUAUAUCUCUUGACAUGGGACUUUAUCUUCCCGCUAAAAAGCUCCAGAUGGCUCGAAAUGACUUAAACCACCUCAUUCUCCGUCCCGGUGAGUUGCACAUUGUCAUGGCCAUGCUAAGGACAAUCGGUGCGUACAUUGACAGUAGUGGGAUCGAUAUGUGUUGGAUCGAAACAGAACUGUACGGCCCCUCCACUGUUAAGCAGAUUCUCGAUGGUAAUCAUGUUAAAAGAGGUGAAAAAGCACACAUGAUCACCUUACAGGCAUUGUUUGCAUUGUACCUAGAUGAGUUUCUUAAAACUUUGCCAGAACUGCGCCAGUGUCUUGAGAAUUUAUCAAGAGAAGUUAUUGAAGCAUUCAAAGAGGGCGACAAAGAGAAAAUAGAGAGAGCCCACCAGCGUUUCGUCGACGGCAUCAGUUCCUCGAAAGUCAUUGAAAAGAUGUUAGAGUUCGACGCUGCAAACAACAGAAGUCCUUUGUUUGUAGUGAUGCGACACUAUAUGUGUAUGAUAAUGGAAAUGUUUGCCUUUAUCAGAUCAGUUCGAAGCGGUAACUGGAAAUUGCAUCUGAUCACACUGGAACAGUUCACAAAGUACUUCUUUGCCCACGACAGGCUCAAUUAUUCUCGCAUGAUUCCGCUAUAUCUUGCUGAGAUGGCUUCCCUGGAAGCAUCAGAUCCCUCAAUACACCAAGAGUUCAUGAACGGAAACUGGGUUGUCAACAAGAGUAAUAGAGUUUCUUUCUGUGCAGUUGGAGCAGACAACGCCUUGGAGCACCUAAACCGUUCCAUGAAGGUGUCUGGAGGACCGGUUGGUAUUACCAGUUCGGGAGUAUGCCAGUUUUGGAAGAAGCGAUGACGUCACGAUUCCAUUGUUCUGCUAAAAACACGCAAAAAUAGGAAAAAAUAAUCGCAAGAAACAAGGGAGCUUUUUUCAAAGCCUGUUGCAGGUCUCCUCGUUCAAUAUCUGGGACUUCCGAGCUAGCAGUACCGAUGAAGAAGCCUUCUCCUUGUUUUUUAAAGUCAAGGGAAGUUUCCUGCCACAUUUCGGUAGUUAAAAGCGACAGUUUUCAAAUGGCCUUCGCCGCCGCCGCCGCCAUUUUGACGGGUAUCGAAUGUAAGUACAUGAAUUUAUGUUUAGUUUUCAGUAUCUUGCCGAAUUUUUACGAAAUCAAGACUAAUUUUCCUCAAAACUACAACAUGUAAAGUGUGUUCAGGCAAAGUUUCAUCGAUGGCAACAACCUAGUAAAAAUGGCAACCACACAUUGAAAAUUGCCAACGGACAGGAAGGGUUACUAAUAUUGAUGGUUAUGCCUUAGUCUGUCUAUGUAGUUUUAGUUAUAAUCGAUCAGGUCUGUUUUUGGUUGUGUUCACCGGCAAUGUAUGCGACUGUCAUCUAGAAAUCACUUUAUUGAUCCAGAUCAUGUGUGUGGAAUGAGCUUUAAAUCGGUGUGAGUAGGUUCUUAUAUUGAUUUCUUUUAUUUUGAUCAGGAUGUCCGUCCAAAAUGUACACAAACAUCUGGAGAUAUUACAAACAUGUUGUCGCGUUUGUGCCAAAAAGCUGGGAACAGGAACCUGGAAGACAAAAUGCUAAAUAUCUUCAGAACGACAUAUUUGUGCUCUGAGGGCAAAAUAUUGCUUUAGGUUCGCCUUAUGUUCCACUGUAAUGAAAAAUUUAAUGUCCAAAUUCAACCCUACCUCAAUAAAAUUAAUCAUGUUUUUUUUUUUGUUUCUUUGUAGUGUGGUCACAGGCUUACCCACCACAAAAGCCCCUCCUUUGACCCUUUCAAAAAUGGGUAAGAGGGAAACAGGUUGGAGGGGGGCUUACAUACCUUGUGAGUGGAAGCUCACACUCAAUGACCAUUCAACCAUAGAAGAGACUGUGGCCUUUAUUCAAGGGGCUUUAAAGGAGAUAGAUGAGAAAGGAGUCAUGGAAGUGGAGGCUUGUUAAGAUUUUCUCUACAUAAUGUUCAAUCCCUCGCGUCAAAUAUUGUUUAUACUUUACAGAUGCCAAAUACAUAAUAUGUUCAGUCCCUGUGCUGUACAAAAGGUCAAUCUGAAACAUGAAAAAUGCCACACUCUCCCCCAUCAAUCCCUGUGCAUGAGCAAUAAGCCCACAUUUGAUUUCAUAAUGUCGAAUAUGUGUGUAUUUGAAGAAAUCCUAAAUUAUUGAGAUUCUCUUGAUGAAAAAGCAUCUAUGUUAAUGCAUCGUCUUCUACAAAUCAUCCUCCCUAAUAAAUAAUACAUGAGAGACAUCUCACAAGAAAACUAUUGAAAAUCGAUGUCAGCUGCUACUGUCUUCAUUAUAUCAAAUAAGUUUUGGUUUUUGGUUUUCAUGUCCAAGAAGGUGUUAAAAAACAAGAUUUUGAGAUAAAAGAGUGUGUAUAAUAUGCGAGCCAGAGAGCCAUGGCAGCGAGUCAUGCAGGUCAGAAUCAAAAACAGUAAUACAGAAAGAAUUAACUGUCAGGACCUAAAAUCAAAUGUUUAUUUACAAAAAACAAAAUGUAACAAUAAAUAACUUUUAUUGUAUCUUUACUCUGAUGUGUGAGCUUUGUUUUCUUGAAAGUGCUGUUCAAUAGAAACAUGAAGAACCGGCUAUGAAAAAGAACUUUGGAAAACUUAUGUUGCGUCCAUGCCAAGUGCAGUAAUCAUUAUUAUUUUGGGCCAAAACUUGUCUAAUAGAAUUGUUUGAGGGUCCCCACAGAGAAGACUUGGAGAAAAGUGCUCCUCAAAGUUACAAUGCCUUUGGUUUAAAGGCAACCCCAGAGUUAAAAACAAUAAUUUAGUAUUAUUCGGAUGUAACAUCAAGUCCCAUACAAGAGGAUAUUUUAUAACAAACCAUAACCUUGUUGAUCUCUCACCUCUGGUCAAAUCCGGUGGACUACAAGACUAUAGUGUCCCAUUUUAAUCAAUAGAUCCAAAAGCAUGUAACAAGCAUAAUUCUUAGUUUUCCAAUAUGUUUAUUAAAUUCUAAAGAGCCUCUUGCAUUUGUUAAGCUUGUCCAAAUAAUCAGUGAACUUCAGAAAGUGGAAUAAUUGAAAGCAAUAGGUUUUUUUGAAGCGGGACAAAAACAAAAAUUAUCAGGGAUGAUAAGUAAGAUUUUCACUUUGUGGGUUUUCAAGAAGAAAACGAGGGCACAAAUACCCUCAGAAAUCCCUUGUAAACCUGUUGUAUACCUGGACGGAACCGCUUCAAGACAUAAACCAACAGAACAUCAUAUUCGAAAAAACUGAUUUUUUUACUCACAAAUGACUCGCUUGCACCAAAACAAUAACCUGAAUUAUAGCCGUCUUCUCCGGCAAGUCGCUCACUCGCGGGAGAGAAACAGAAGCAACGGGAAAAAUUACAUUAACACUUACUGUGAAAGCAAACAUAAGGAAACGAAUUAUAGAACAACUCACUUUUUAGUUGUUUCCAAAGCGUUCUUUUUUCCUUAUGAUAGAAAAAAAAAAAUGAAAUAAAUAGGCACAAACUUGUUGGCGUGCUUACCUAUUUUCGAUGUACUGAUUACGUACGCAGUGAGUACGCAGUGCCUACUAAGCGCGCGAUAAGCGAAGAACUAUAGCGCAAGAAUGGUUACUCCCUGUCCUCAAGGUACUUCCCAAUUCAUAGUAACGAAAAGACAAAUAAAAGGCUCGAUAAAGCAAGAAUAAACGAGAAUUUUGGCCAAUACUCUCUCCUCUCCCUUGUCCGCCAUUUUGUAUGUUUUGAAAAUGACCAUCGCCAUGGUGAUCAUGUUAUGGUUGGUGACGUAGACCAUUGUUUUCACUUCUUCCAAAACUGGCAUACUCCUGAACUGAUUACGCAGAACGAAAGCGCCCGAGCAAAGUUUUUCCUAAUUGCUCCAGAGUUAGCAAGGCUAUCUUCAGAGGCAAAAUCCAUGGCUGGCGUGUCUUUGCACACUCCGGAACAACAUCAUAACCUUUCCGCUGCCAUUGUAGCAAGAGAGGAUAAAGGUGUACAGCAGUUAAUAGCAGCAAUUAAGAGCUUUACAAACCCUUUUCAGGAUUCAGCUUCUAACAAUGACCUGUAUAAUCUGGUAACCAAAGUGGUCAUGUCCGAGGAAAUCAAGAACGACUUGUGUCAACAGAGUCAAAUAGGUAGAAAACUGUUCAACACUUUUGUAGAUGAAAGGCUGACAACAGGAAAGGUUCUGACUUGUGGUCGACUAUGA